AAUAUUCCCUCCUCCUCCUCCUGUGCCUCAUCAUUCCGACUUUCGUGUGUGUGUAACAGAUCAAUGCUCCUAGAGCACAGAGGGAGUGUAGAUCCUAUUCCUAAUUGCUCUGCCUUCGCAUUCAGUUUGUCUCCAGCCUCACUCUAGUUUACCGCCUCCCUUCUUCCCGCUUUCUCUUGUCUAUGUGUCCCUGUGCCUGGCUCGCUCUUUGCUGAUUUUCGCCUCCCUCCCCCCGCAUCUGUGCUCAGUUUCCCCUCUAUCUAUCGCUGUCUCUGCCUCCCCUUCCCCAGCUCCACCAGCCCCUGCGCUCCCCCUCUGCUCUGCUCCGCGGUGGAGUUAGUUUGGUGGAAUCUCUGCUGACGUCACGUCGCUCCCAAUGCAGAGAGGGGGCGAGAGCGAGGGAGCCGGACUGGAGAGUAAGAGAAAGAGCGAGGCAGACACGGGAAGAUCUCCGAUCCCACAGCGAAUACACUAGCCCUGCGUCCCCCGCCUCCCCCCGCCCUGCUCCACGGAACCUUGCGCUCCGCUUUGGAACCUUUUACUCCAUCUGGCGCCGCAGUCAGCCAGCCCCCAGGAUUUGGUAAAUCUCGCGGCGCAGGAAGAAUAACGGGCUGGAAAGCUCAACUAGUAGCCGUGCCGUCGCAAACGGACUCGAGCCGGGCUGGGGGCUUUACCCUGUUUCUCUGUCACGGCAAUCAUGAUCUAUGGGGGCAGUUCAAUGGCAAUAGAGAAGAUCGGGAGUUGUCUCGGCAAACGGUAACGGGUGAUGGAGUCCAACUGUCGUAAACUAGUAUCGGCUUGUGUUCAAUUAGUAGGGGUGCAGCCUUCUACCGUUGAAUGUCUUUUCUCCAAAGACUCUGACAUUAAAAAGGGGGAAUUCAGCGACACUUCAGAGAGCAGGAAAGAGGCCACCAGCAGCAAACUCUUCGGGAGGCAGCAUCCCAGCGCCAGCGAGAAAGAUAAAAGCCAGCAGAGUAAGAAUGAGGAUGGCGGGGCUGAGGAUCCCUCCAAGAAAAAGAGGCAACGACGGCAGAGGACUCAUUUCACCAGCCAGCAGUUGCAAGAGCUGGAGGCCACUUUCCAGAGGAAUCGCUAUCCGGACAUGUCCACCCGGGAGGAGAUCGCCGUCUGGACCAACCUCACCGAAGCCAGAGUCCGGGUUUGGUUCAAGAACCGCCGAGCCAAGUGGAGAAAGAGAGAAAGAAACCAGCAGGCCGAGCUCUGUAAAAAUGGCUUUGGUCCACAGUUUAACGGCCUCAUGCAGCCCUACGAUGAUAUGUACCCCGGGUAUUCUUACAACAACUGGGCAGCCAAAGGCCUGACCUCCGCCUCCCUCUCCACCAAAAGUUUCCCUUUCUUCAACUCGAUGAAUGUCAACCCCCUGUCUUCUCAGAGCAUGUUCUCCCCUCCGAAUUCCAUCUCCUCCAUGAGUAUGUCUUCAAGCAUGGUGCCCUCUGCAGUCACUGGGGUCCCCGGUUCCAGCCUCAACAGCCUGAACAACUUGAACAACUUGAGCAAUCCCUCUCUGAAUUCUGCCGUGCCAACGCCAGCCUGCCCUUAUGCUCCUCCGACACCUCCUUAUGUUUAUAGGGACACAUGUAACUCUAGCCUGGCUAGUCUGAGACUUAAAGCCAAGCAGCACUCCAGCUUUGGAUACGCCAGUGUUCAGAACCCAGCUUCCAACCUGAGCGCAUGCCAAUACGCGGUGGACAGACCCGUGUGAGAUAUUAAAGUAUAAAAUACUGAAUGGGAAACCCUCCCCGUUCCCACCAAGACUGAGAAUUAUACUAGAAAGUAAUGGGCACUAUAGAGAAAGAGAAA